AUGGUCUCGGUGAAAAUAGUUGAGGUUUGCAGAGUGACUCCACAACGUGCCCCAUCGAUUUCCGCCGCACCAGAGAAUCAACAUCUUCCUUUAACAUUCUUUGACUUGCUCUGGCUCAGAUUUAUACCUGUAGAACGCCUCUACUUCUACAAAACCUCUUUCACCGAUUCGGUACUUCCCAAACUUAAAACCUCCCUUAGUUUAACUCUCCAACAUUUCACACCUCUCGCCGGAAACCUCACCUGGCCGAAAGAAUCCAUAAAACCCGUUCUCAGCUACGUCCAAGGUGACGCCGUUUCACUCACUGUAGCUGAGUCCGAUGCAGAUUUCGACCACCUCUCAACCAGUGAUUUUCUUGCAUCCCAAGAUUUAAGUCCUCUUGUUCCACAGUUGAAUGUGUCUCAUGACCAAGCCGCGGCGAUGGCUUUGCAAAUCACUGUCUUUCCCAAACGAGGCUUCUCCAUUGGGACGGUCAUGCACCACUCAGUACUUGACGGUAAAACUUCGACCUCGUUUGUCAAAGCAUGGGCUCUUAUAUGCAAACAUGAAGAAGCACAAGUUCUGCCUUCGUCUUUGACACCCUUCUACGACAGAAGGGUCGUCAAGGACCCGGCCGGGCUUGGAGAACUCUACUCUCUUCAGCAGCAACACAAGGACGGCCGUACUGACGACAGAAGCUUGAGCAAUGGCUCCAUCGGUAAAGCUCCCAAGGCCCCGGAAGACUUGGUUCGAGGCUCGUUUGAGUUCACCAGCGCAUUUAUACAAAGGCUUAGAGCGCACGUUACCAAAACGGCUUUUGAUUCAUCGCUUCACUUGUCAACUUUUUCUCUAGUCUGUGCAUACACAUGGGUUUGUAUGGUGAAGGCGGAAGAAAUCAAAGGCGAGAAGACGGUUCUCAUCUUCGGGGUCGACUCCAGAUCCCGGUUGGACCCUCCAAUACCUGCAACAUAUUUCGGUAACUGCGUUGUAGGUCGUGUAACAGUUGCAGAAACGAAAGGGCUUUUGGGUCGAGAUGGGUUCGUUGUAGCUGUGAGGGCAAUUGCCGAAGCUGUAAGGAGCCUGGAGAAAGGGGUUUUGAAUGGAGCAGAGAAUUGGGUUUCAAAAUUCCUCGAUUUUUCGGUAUAUGAUAGGAUAUAUUCCAUUGCAGGGUCACAUAGGUUUGAGAUUUAUGAUACUGAUUUUGGAUGGGGAAAACCAAAGAGGUAUGAGGUCAUUUUUAUUGAUAAGACAAGAGCAAUUUCUCUUUCGGAUUGCAAAAAUGGUUGUGGAGGUGUUGAAGUUGGCUUGGUCCUGAAGAAAGAGUGUAUGAAGGCUUUCGAUUCUCUGUUUGCUAGUGUUGUGCAUUAG